GCAACUCGUUUUCUUCCAACAACCGCUGCGUGUAAUCUUUUUUCGCUUCUUCCUCUCCGUCCUCCUCUGCCCCGCCUCGCCUAUAAAUAUCGUUCUCCUCCCCUCCCUCAAACGUCUUCCAUUUGAUCUUCCGUAGUUUAAGUUCUUCGAUCUUGCACAGCUUUAAUUAGCUUUCCUUCUUCUGCACUCUCCCCUUUCGAUCUUCUCGUUCUUUUGCUUUCGUUGUCCAAUCGAUCUGCAGUACUCAUGGACUCUUUCUGCAAAUCUGUUCGUGAAACCGAGACACCUUACGAUUGCCUACUUUUCGAUUUGGAUGACACUUUGUACUCUGCAAAGCUUGGAAUCGCUGAAACUUGCAGGAAAAAUAUCGAUGAAUUUCUUAUUGAGAAAUGCGGAUUCUCUGAGAACAAAGCUUCAAGUCUCCGUGUUGAACUCUUCAAAAAGUACGGCAGCUCCCUCGCCGGUUUGCGAGCUUUAGGCUACGACAUUGACGCUGAUGACUAUCACAGUUUCGUGCACGGAAAAUUGCCGUAUCAGUUGAUCAAACCUGAUUCUCAACUACGGAACCUCCUGCGAAGCAUCACUCAAAGAAAAAUCAUUUUUACCAACUCAGACAGAAACCAUGCCAUUGAAGUUUUGAAGCGGCUGGGAGUAGAUGACUGCUUCGACCAAAUCAUCUGCUUUGAGACUAUGAAUCCAAACAUUUCGAAAUCUAGCCGUCCCGACGAAUAUCCGGUGGUUCUCAAACCCUCACCAACGGCCAUGAAAAUCGCUCUUGAUGUUGUAGGAUUUGAUCCCCGACGCACGCUAUUUUUGGAUGACAAUCCUCGAAAUGUUGCUGCUGGAAAGGCUGUGGGGUUUUGCACUGUUUUGGUUGGAAAAACAACCAAAAGCAAGGAAUCAGAUUACGUUUUGGAGACGGUCAACAAUUUGGCACAAAUUGUUCCAGAAAUAUGGGUCAGCAGGGUGGACGGUGGGGAUCAAAAGAGCCGCAGCGGGAGCGAGAUCAAAUCAGCACUAGCAGCACCACCCGUGGGCGCUUGAUCAGCUCCGUGAUUUGGAUCCGUAAAUAUGCAUCGGCUUAAAACUGAACCGGGUUUUGUAAAUAUCACCUACACAUCACGUGACCGCUACCUCGGAUGCGAUCCUGUGCAUAUGCGUUCAUGUGUGGGCCGCUGGGUUUCCGACCACGGGAAAGUGUGUCUUCUAAUUGUAUGGCUGUAUUAAAUUGAAACAAAAGUGGAUCAACCUGAUCCGCGCAAAUGUAAUGAAAUGGUUUGAUUCAAUAAACAAUGUGCUCUUCGAGAAGUUUCGAAAGGGCAGAUUGAGUA